GCUCAGGGUAUUGCUGCGUUUCCUUAGCAACGGUCUUCGAAACAGCUGGAAAACUAGCGUUUUGUGGGACUUUGCCAGGUCUUCACUGCUUGAACCCAACUCGUAACACCUUGCCGCCCGGUUGACCCGAUGUUUCAUGGAACAAUCACAAAGGAGCUAACCAGUCAUGAAGAAUGGCGUCAUUAUAAUGAAAACAUUGUAGAAGAUCAGAAAGAUUUCGUUUUUGUGAAGUUCAAUGGCCUUCACUUAAAAUCUAUGGAAAAUUUGCAAUCUUUUGUAUCUCUUAGAAUAUGUAUCUUCUCAAACAAUUUUAUUACAGAUAUUCACCCACUGCAAAGUUGUAUAAAAUUGAUAAAGCUUGAUCUCCAUGGAAAUCAGAUAAAGAGUCUACCAGAUACCAAAUUUUGGAGUCGACUUAAGAAUUUAAAACUCCUCUAUCUUCAUGACAAUGGAUUUGUAAAGUUAAAGAACAUAUGUACAUUAUCUGCCUGUCCAAACCUCAUUGCCCUCACGAUGUUUGAUUGUCCAGUAAGCCUUAAAAAAGGAUAUAGACAUGUUCUUGUUAACAGCAUAUGGUCUCUUAAAGCACUAGAUAAUCAUGUGAUUUCUGAUGAAGAAAUAAUUCAGAACUGGCACCUUCCUGAAAGAUUCAGAACAUGUAAUCACCGACUUUACUUUAAUUUUUGCCCUGCUUUGAAAAAGGGAUCAACCUAUGAGACUGAAUUUAAUGAUGUUAGAUAUAUUAUUGCAAAAAUUAAUACAAUUUUGGCUCAUAAUUCACCAGUCUUGAUUGUUCAAAGAUGGACACGUGGCUUUUUAGUUAGAAAACAUUUGAGACCCUUUUUUUCAUGCAAAAAACAGCAGAAGAAAUUUAUUAAAGAAAGUAACAAAAAAUGGAUUUAUCUACCUAAGGGGUACGAAGACAGUUUCUUUAAGGAUCUCUUUUAUCAGCCUGAAACUAAUAUAAAAAGCAAGUUUUCACAUUGGAGACAUAAUAUACAAAGUUCUGUUUAUUUAAAAAGUUUUACUGAAGAGAGAGAACAUAUUCCUACUAUUUCACAUGAAUUUAAAACAAAAGUUACCAGUACAAAAUCAAAACUAUCAAGACAUCUCAUUAAAAAAGGUCAAAAGGAUUCUGACAAUGAAAUUGAGGAUGAAGAAUUGGAUGCUGGUUUUAGGAUAUCAGUGUUCAAACUACCCAUAUAUACAUUAGAUUCAGUGAAGUAUGCUGCAAUAUUGAAAGAAAAAGAAAACCGUACUUUUCGCCCACGUGACAAGGCAUUUACUACCAUUCCUCAAAAACCAGUGAUUAAAGAAAAAGAGACUGUGUUGGAAAGAAACAUGAGAAGAUUGUUUUUAACUACAAAAGGACCUGGCAUAAAAUUCCAACUAUUUAGUGAUGUUGACAAUUAUUACUCAGAAAAAAAAAAGCAGGAACUCCAUCAAAAAAAGGUAGCAGCUGUAACCAUGGCACAGGCAGCCAAAGAAAGAGUUAGCCUGACUGUUCAAGAUACUUUAAGUAAGAAGAAACAUGCUGCACAAAAACUAAUUAGAAAAGAUAAUGAAAUAAUUCAGAAUGGUUUACAACAACUUUGGCAGGACAGAUUAAACUACCUUGAAAAAGUGAGACAGAGAAGGGCUGUGUUCCUAGAAGAAAAAAAUCGCAAGAAUGAAGACCGUUUAUUAAUUCAAAGCUUAAAUAAUGAACGUAUUCAUUUGAUCAAAGGAAUGAUUAAAAUUGACAGAUUAAAGAAGAAUGAGAAAGUCUUAAAAGAGAAAAGCAAGAUUGUUAAGCAAAAAUGGGAAGCAGAAAAAUAUCAAAGGAGUUUAAAUAAACAAAUGAAUAAUAACAGGAUUAGAGAAGUAUAUAAAAGAAACCGUGAAGAAAAAUUUGUUGCUGAUAUGUUUAUUUUUCAAAAAGCUUGUGAAAGAUUUCAAGAUGUUAAAACAAGAGUUGCAAUUAUGAAAAUGAAUAAAAUUCCCAAUGGAAUUACAUCAGAUAAUAUCCAAUGA